GCAAGACGCGCGCUCCUUCGGCGCCCUUUCUUCAUGAAGUUACGCUUUUCCUUAUACCUAGCGCAGGCAUGCUUUUCACCCGAAUUCUGCUUCGUCGGUGUCGCCAGUAAUGUCAACCUCCAAGAAGACCAUCUUAGUGACGGGCUGUUCGGCCGGCGGCAUCGGCGCUGCUGUUGCCCGCGAGCUUGCAGGCCACGGCCACCACGUCUUCGCCACCGCCCGGACAGUAGCCAAGAUCCCCGCCGAGCUGGCCGGGCUUCCGAACGUCACGACGCUCCAGCUCGAUGUGUCUUCGGACGAGUCCGUGAAGGAGGCCGCCAAGGCUGUCGCCGAGAAGGGCGGUUUGGACGUGCUCGUCAACAAUGCCGGGUGCGGCUACACGAUGCCGCUUCUGGACGUGGACAUUGCCCAUGCCCAGCGACUCCACGACACGAACGUCUGGGGCGCGCUCCGGACCAUCCAGGCAUUCUCCGACCUCCUGAUUGCGAACCAGGGACGCAUCGUAAACAUCAGCAGCGUUGGGGCAGUUGUGAACACGCCAUGGAUUGGGGCAUACGCGUCCUCCAAGGCCGCCCUGAACUCGCUCUCCGACACGCUGCGUCUCGAGCUGUCCCCUUUCAAUGUCACCGUCGUCACCAUCAUGGUCGGCACUGUGGCCACGCCGUUCCACGCCAACGAGCCCGAGGUCGUCUUGCCACCCUCGUCUCGAUACGCUGCAAUUCGGGACACGAUCAAUCGCUGGGCGAAGGGCCAAGCCGGGCCCAAGGGCGGGUCGGUCGAUGACUUUGCCAAGUCGAUCGUAGAGGAUAUCGUCGGCAAAGCCAAGCCUGCCCACGUGUGGAAAGGGGCGAACAGCGGAGCUGUCAAGUUCCUGUCCAGGUGGCUGCCGACGUGGGUGUUGGACGGCAUGAUGAGGAACGGUCAGGGCCUUGAUGAGCUCUCCAAGAGCCUAGCUCAGUGACGGCGUGUACCAUUUACGUAAUUCAAAUCCACACCGAAGAGCGCCGCGAGACAGGCGUGGAAAAGGGAUAAGAUAGACGGCCAUUCACAUGAAUCAAACGCCCUCAGAUCUUCUUGCUCCAUC